GCACCAUCGAGCAUCAUCCUCAUUGAGCUUAGCAUCAGCGAAGUGUUAAGUUCUGGAACAGUUUCGUUUAACGAAAUUUCAAUUUUGUUAAAAGGGAGCUUAUAACAGAAAACAAAAAAUGAAACUCUUUGUGGUGGCGUUCGCUGUGUGUCUGGCAUCACUGGCCUUUGCUCAAUCUGUACCUGCUGACAGUGUCGAGCCGUCCGCUGAGUAUUUGCCACCAGUCGGUGAAGAAUCGACGCCACUUGCCGAUGAUGGUUACCGUUACAAGGCAGUGCGUCGUCUGAAGUAUCGUCAUCGUCGUGAGGUACCUUCAGAGGAAUAUCUACCACCAGUAGCUGAACCAUCUUCCGAAUAUAUACCACCGGAGGGCGCUGAGACUCGCGUAGCUGAAGAUGGUUAUAGAUACAAAACUGUGAGACGUUUCAAAGUACUCCGUCAUCGUCGUGAAGCUCCUUCCGUUGAAUAUUUGCCACCAGUUGCCGAGCCCAGCGCUGAAUAUUUACCACCGGAGGGUGCUGAAACCCGUGUCGCUGACGAUGGUUACCGUUAUAAGACAGUACGUCGUUUGAGAUUUCGUGCUCGUCACCGUCGUGAUGUCUCUGAAUUAACUUCCCUGCCAUCUGCUGAAUACUUACCUCCUGUGGAAGUUGAGUUGGCGCCGGAGUUAAAGACUGUCUUAGGUGAUGAUGGUUAUCGUUAUAAGGCUGUGCGUCGUUUGAAGUACCGCCGUCAUCGUCGUGAAGCUGAGGCUGCUGAAGAAGUUGCCGCCGCUGAAAGCGUUGAUGCUCCCAAUGGUGAAUACUUGCCACCUAGUAAUGAUGUUUCUGAAGUACCAGAGGUGAAGAGUGCUGAAUUGGCUCAAGAUGGUUACCGUUAUAAAACAGUGCGUCGCUUGAAGUACCGUCGUCAUCGUCGUGAGGCUGAGGCUGCUAAAGAAGUUGCCGCCGCCGAAACCGUUGAAGCCCCUAAUGGUGAAUACUUACCCCCCAGUAAUGAUAUUGCUGAAGUGCCGAAAGUGAAAAGUGCUGAACUGGCUCAGGAUGGCUACCAUUAUAAAACUCUGCGUCGUUUAAAGUACCGUCGCAACCGUCGUGAAGCUGAAGCUGCUGAAGACAUUGCCGCUGCUGAAAGCGUUGAAGCCCCAAAUGGUGAAUACUUACCCCCCAGUAAUGAUAUUGCCGAAGUGCCGGAGGCGAAAAGUGCCGAGCUAGCUCAAGAUGGCUACCGUUAUAAGACUGUGCGUCGCAUCAGAUAUCGUUAUCGGCACUAAAUUUAUGCCUUAAGAUGCCAGAAGGCCUGUUUAGACAAAUGGACUCGUGUGUGGUGAUGGUGGUUAUGAUUUAAAACGACUUUGAGUUAUGGAAAUUUCUUAAUUCUUAUACGAUUAAUUGGACGAUGUGUGCUUUUAUGAUUUUUGUUAAAGUUUAAGUUUUUUAAUGCAAUGCAAGAAUAAAAAAUUAUUCAAUGAAAGAAA